AAUCAGUGAAAUUGUCCAGUUGCCUUACUGAAGAAACGUUUAAUACAAUGAAGCACGAAUGCUCAAAUUGCCAUGUUUGGAGUAAUUGUUACAGGAAACUUACUCCUAAACUGUAUGAUUAUGCAGCGGAAAGGAGAAUAAAAUUGGAUAAAAGCUGUUCCUACAUUUGUAAUACCUGCUAUUGCCGACUUUAUCGCAUUAUCAAGAAAGGAAACGAGCCAGCAGCUCCAAGUGCAGUUAAUAUAGAAUGUGAAAAUCAAGAACUCACCGUUUCUGAACCAUCGAAACUUGAUGAUCUCGCCGUUGCCGGACCAUCAGGCACCAAUAAUUUCGCCGUGGCGGGACCAUCUAGAGUGAACAAUUUCGCCGCACCAGCAAACAUCAAUAAUGGUGGUUUCGAAAUAAUCGAUCCCAAUGCCGCUGGAUCAUCGGAAAUUGACGCUGUUCCUAGUGUUGAAUCUUUGUUUUCUUUGGAAUCAACGAGUGCUGAAUCAAUUGGUAGCGCUGGUGCCCAGAAACCCGGAGACGGUCAGGAAAUUCUUCAACAAAUGAAGGCAAAAUUUGAUGAAAUAUCUGACAGAAACGAUCGAUAUAGGAUUCUAACUUCCCUUCCCAAAUCCUGGACUGCAUACAAAAUGAUGCAAGAAUUUGGUGUUUCGCAACGAACUGCUCAACGUGCAAAGCAAUUACAGAUUGAAAAAGGUUUUAUGAGCACACCGGAGACCAGAGUCUUCGAAAACGGCGGCGAUGGGUCGUGUAAACACAAACCGUUCAGCCGAACGGAUGAGCACAUCUGCAGUGCAUUUCAUCACCAGUCCGUCAUCAUUCAUUGCAACAUCGCCAGUGGGGAUGAUGCUGAUCCGGUUUAUUUUUAUUUACCUUCAGAGCAUUGGAAUUUGAAUGGAUGA